AAGACCAGGCGGCUGCUCCUCCUCCUCGGCCUGCAGGAGGUGCUGCUGAAGGUGACUCCUCUCAACCUGGCCGGGGAUGCUGAGUUCGCUCUGGUCCGCAGCGCGGUCGUGCCGGUGAACCGAACGUCGCGUCCUGCAGCUUAAGAUAUAUAAAUAUACAGAUAUAUAAAAAAAAAAUCUUUCUUGCUUUGUGCGCGCUGACGGUGGAUGCGCGUGCAUGUGUUCUGCACCGUACGGGCGUAAAAAGCGCCCAGGUUCUGCGGCGAACAUUUUCCGGGCACAAACGGAGCCGUUGCGCACGGAGGAGGCGGCGGAGUGCAGCAGGAUGACUGUCCAGGAGUUCAACACCUUGGUUGCGUUGUACCGGGAGCAGGUGAUAUCCGUCGGGGAGGUUUCAGCUGACUGCCCGUCACUGCUGGCUCAGAUGCACCACACGCGGACCAGUGGAUGCUCCGUGGCCUGGGCUGCACACCAGGACCUCACCGUCAUAGCCGGGUCAGGUCGUGAGGACGGCGAGAUCCAUCCUGAGAUCUGUCGGCUCUUCAUCCAGCUGCAGUGCUGCCUGGAGAUGUUCAUAACGGAGAUGUUGAAGUCCAUGUGCCUGCUGGGCGUGCUGCAGAUUCACAGAAAAAGAACAGACUCUGAACCAAAGGUGGACUUCAGGAUGGAUGAAAGCUCUGAUGUUCCCAUCCUGGAAGACCGGUCUUCAUCUCCUGUAGAUGAACCUCAGGAGUCGUGGCUGGUGGGAGCUGACAUUGAGAACAUUGAGAGAGACGUGAGAGAGAUGAGAAACCUACUCAGCAAACUCAGGGACGCCAUGCCUUUACCGCUGAAGAACCAAGAUGACAGCAGUUUGUUGAACCUGACGCCGCGUCCACUGAUCCAACAGAGGAAGCGACGCUUCCCCAGACUGUGCUGCAUGGUGUCGGGCUGAGGGGUCCUUCAGGCAGCCGGCGGGCAGCACACACUGCACAUUUAUUCAUUUAGAUACAUUUUUAUAUUUGUUAUUGCAGAUGAUUUUUUUAUUAUUAUUAUUUUAUACUUUUUAAACUUAAUCAUUUUUGUCUUCGUCAGCUGUACUGAAGUCGAACAUUAACUCACAUCUGUUUAUUAACAGUAUUAUACAAAAAGGGAAAUUUUAAAUAAACUUUAUUCAACAUUCGGAGCUGAUAUGUUUUGAGGCUUCAGCCAACCUGUGGACUCUUUGGUCUUGAAUAUAAUCAUUAAUAAUUUAUUAUUACUUGUAAUUUCUUAUUUUCAUUGUUGAUCUUUUGGUGUCAAUUGUUUAAGUGGUAUUAAGUAGUUUCUUAUUUAUAGUAAUAGAUCUUUAUAUUUUAGUUUUCUAAUCACUUUUAUCCUCCUGAUGUUUUCAUGUCAUUUUGUACAAUUCCAGGUAAUAAAAUUGUACAUAGUCAGUCUAUGCAUAGAUAUAAAAUCUUA